AUGUCGACAGAAUCACCGUGGUCCAUCGCCAAAACGAUCCAGCAAUCUCCCCCCGUCGACCUCACUAAACGCUACGACCCAUCCACCCUCCGUAACAAAACCAUCGUCAUCACCGGCGGCGCCAAUGGCCUCGGAUCACACAUGGUCCGCCGUUGGGCCUCUCACGGCGCACACAUCAUCAUCGGAGACGUCGACUCUCCGUCCGGCGAAUCCCUCGUUGCACAGCUGCGCACCCUCCACCCAUCAAGCACAUUCGCCUACGUCUCUUGCAACGUAGCAAGCUGGGACGACCAGACAUCCCUCUUCGAAGCUGCCAUCCGCCUCUCCCCCUACCGCAGGAUCGACAUUGUCGUCCCCAAUGCGGGAAUAAUCCAGAGCUCCGAGGGCUAUAACUUUGAGAAUCCGUCCCUCGUCAACGGCAAGCUUCCCAAGCCCUCCACGGCAACCAUAGACGUCAACAUCACCGGCGUCAUAUACACCACCCACCUCGCCCUCCACCACUUCUCCCAGGACACAAGCACCACAAAAUGCCUCCUCCUCAUCGGUUCACUCGCCUCCAUCGCCCCGCUGCCCGGCCAGACGCACUACACCAUGUCCAAGCACGCCGUGUGCGGGCUCUUCCGCUCCCUACGCACGACCUCCUUCAUGCAGAGCGGCAAGUUGCGCGUCAACAUGCUGGCGCCGUACUUUGUCCAACAGAGCCGCAUGCUCCCCCUACUAGCGGACGUUGUUUUUCUCGCGGGCACCGCUGGCGGCGCGACCAUCCCAGACGUAGUCGAGGCCGCCACGCGCCUCGUGGCAGAUGAAUCUAUUUCGGGGCGCUCGUUAGCCGUCGGCCCGCCGUUGAAGGACGCGCCAGAGGGAGAAAUCCCCGUUGCGGAACACGAGGGCGACGGGAGAGGCCGGGCAGCGUGGGAAAUCUACGCCCACGACUAUGAUGAGGUUGAUGCGUUUACGUUUCGCUAUAUUCAUAUGAUGAACCGAGUUACUCAGCUUCGUGGGGCGUUUGCCUUUUUUCUAGAUAUUCUUCUCAAGAUAUUCGGACGCUGA